AUGGAAAAAACAAGCCAAUUGAAAAUUAUCAUAAAAUUAUUGAAGAGUUGUGAUCCCGGUAUACAUAAAUAUAUAAACGAUUUUAGUGACUUUUUUACAAGCAAUGACAAUAAUAAUAAGUCUGAAGAUUUGUGUGAGAAGAUUAAAAUGCUAGAAAAAGAAGUAAUCCAAAUGAAUAAGCGCAUACUAUGUUUUAAAUCAAAAUUACGUGUUGAAAUGGAUAUCAACGAGGAACUGGCAAAAGAAAAUGAUGAACUAGCAAAAGAAAAUUAUGAAUUGAAAAAGCAACUAUUAAGUUUAAUAGUCUCUUCAUUAAUUAGUUGUCGAAAUUAG